UGCCAAGCGAUCAACAGCCCCAGCCUUGUGGUAGAGUUGAGGUUUUUGAGCACGAAUAGGGUGGCUAGAGUUUGCUUAGCUAGAGACAGCAAUUGCCUCCUGUGAUCAUUACAGCAAUGCUGGCGUGAGCUCUUCAGGAGACAAUGGGGAGAAAAUGGACAUACUGUGUUGUUUACGCCAUCAUCCAGAUACAGUUUUUCAGGGGAGUAUGGGAAGAGUUAUUCAAUGCUGGGGAUAACGUGUAUGCUUUACCUGGUUCUGACGUCAACUUGACCUGCCAAACAAAGGAGAAAGACUUCUUGGUACAGAUGCAAUGGUCCAGGGUCACAGAUAAGACUGACAUGAUUGCUCUUUAUCAUCCCCAAUAUGGCUUCCACUGUAGGCAGGGUCAUGCCUGUGACUCACAAGUGGCUGUCAUAGAAACUCCGAAGGGUGUAACAAAUUGGACUCUGUACUUAAGGAAUAUCUCUUCCACCCUCAGUGGAAAGUAUGAGUGCAGCUUUACUCUGUAUCCAGAAGGCAUCAAGACUAUAGUCUACAACCUCAUUGUGGAACCCUAUACACAAGAUGAACGCAACCAUACAAUAGAAAUAGAGACAAAUCGGACUCUGGAAAUACCGUGCUUUCAAAAUGCCUCCUCAGAAACUUCACCUAGGUUCACCUUUUCAUGGUUGGUGGAGGAAGAUGGAAGAGAAGAAGUUCUCUUCACCCACAAUCACCAAGUCAGCCAUUCCACAUCAUUUAAAGGCAGAGUCAAGCUGGGAGCAGACUAUGGACUCUACCUCUCCCCAGUUCAAAUCCAAGAUGAUGGCAGGACAUUCUCUUGUCAUCUGAGUGCCAGUCCCCUCAAAGUCUGGAAGACAUCCACCACAGUCAAGGUUUUUGCUAAGCCAGAAAUUUUCAUGACUGUGGAAAACAGCACCAUGGAUGUCGUAGGAGAGAGAGUAUUUACCUGCCUACUGAAGAAUGUGUUCCCCAAAGCAAAUAUCACCUGGUUAAUAGAUGGAAGAUUUCUUCAAGGCAAUGAAGAGGGAAUAUACAUUACGAAUGAAGAGAAAAAUGCAAGUAGUGGAUUUCGGGAACUGAAGUCAGUUUUCAGAAGGAUGCACAAUAGAGCAUCCCAAUCAAACAAUGUGACAGUUUGGUGUAUGGCUCUGUCGCCAGGCCCCAGAAAUAAAACGUGGUAUACUUCAUCACAGCCCAUCACGUUUUCCUUGGUUUUAGAUGGGUGGAGACCAUCCGUGGUGGGCAAGGCCUGGCAUGUUGGCAGGAAUGGGAAGCUGACAGCUCACACCAAGGCUACACACAGAACACAGAGACUGGGAUGGUCAUGGAGAAUCAGAAAGCACAAUUCUGUGACUGUCCCAGUAAAAGGUCUAUCCAAUGUGACAGGUUCUACCCUGGGUGCACAACCUUUUCAAGAUGUCAAAGUAUCUCCUACAAAUUCUGUGACUGUCCCAGUGAAAGGUCUACCCAAUGUGACAGGUUCUACUCUGGGUGAACAACCUUUUCCAGAAGCCAAAGUGUCUUCUACAAGAUAUCUAGUGACAUCUACAUCUUUAGUGACAAUUGUAGAUGAAAAUGUGUUGACACCAGAUGCACCUCCUCAAACUAGCAAUUCCAGCAUGACUGCUAAAGAUGUCAACUAUUCCCAGGCCUCCAGUGCGACAGAUGCCAAGAGCUCAGUUUCAUGGAUGCCCAGUGAAGUGCACACUUCAGUCCCUUCAGAUGCAAGCAUAGCUCCUCAUGAUUCCAUCAUCAGUACAACCAAUGAAUUUCCAGAUGUCCUUACAACUGCAAACGGAACCACUAAAAGUGACCAAGGCCCUAUCACCAGUAUCAUAGUUAAUAAAGGCAGAGGUGGAAUGUCCUGGCCUGUGAUUGUCACGGCUCUGCUCUUUUUCUGCACCCUAUUGUUUGGGCUUGGAGUAAGAAAAUGGUGUCAGUAUCAAAAGGAAAUCAUGGAAAGACCCCCACCUUUCAAGCCACCGCCACCUCCCAUCAAGUACACAUGCAUUCAGGAACCCCGUGGACGUGACCUGCCUUGUCAUGAGAUGGAGGUUCUCUAAGCUUUUGAGCCUUGACACAUAGCACAGUGGUUCUGGAGUCCUGUGGGAAGGGAGAUACUGUACAAUAUUAAUAUCCUCAGCAGCCAGACAUACCUCGGCUUCAGCUCAAAUGGAUGUUGGAAAUAAAUGAGAUGUUUUCCCA